UUCUUUCCAUCAGAAAUGGAAGCAGCUUUUCUCACAGAAAGCUGCAGUAAAGUGGGAGUGAGGAGAUCCCAUCUGAUGCCGAGGCUGAAGGAAUCGAGGUCCCACGAGUCCUUGCUCAGUCCGAGUAGCGCAGUGGAGGCGCUGGAUCUCAGCAUGGAGGAGGAAGUUGUGAUCAAGCCUGUUCAUAGCAGCAUCCUGGGCCAGGACUACUGCUUUGAGGUAACAACUUCCUCAGGAAGUAAGUGUUUUUCCUGCCGAUCUGCAGCCGAGCGGGAUAAAUGGAUGGAGAACCUUCGUCGAGCUGUGCAUCCGAACAAGGACAACAGUCGGAGGGUGGAGCACAUGCUGAAGCUCUGGGUCAUCGAAGCAAAGGACCUCCCAGCCAAGAAGAAGUAUUUAUGUGAACUGUGCCUGGAUGAUGUCCUUUAUGCACGGACUACAUGUAAGCUAAAGACAGACAAUGUCUUCUGGGGGGAACACUUUGAGUUUAACAAUCUGCCACCACUCAGGAAUAUCACAGUGCACUUGUACAAGGAGACUGACAAGAAGAAGAAAAAGGACAAGAACAACUACCUGGGGCUGGUGAACCUGGCCGUGGCCUCAGUGUCGGGGCGGCAGUUUGUGGAGAAAUGGUACCCUGUAGUGACACCCAACCCUAAGGGCAAGAGUCCUGGCCCUAUGAUCCGUAUCAAGUCCCGAUACCAGACUGUCAGCAUCCUCCCUAUGGAGAUGUAUAAGGAAUUUGCUGAGUAUAUCACCAACAACUAUAUGGCUCUGUGCUCCGCACUGGAACCUGUGCUGAGCGUCAAGAACAAGGAGGAGAUGGCGUCAGCCCUGGUGCACAUCCUACAGAGCACUGGGAAGGCAAAGAUGAUGAACAAGGUUAAGUACUUGUCCGAAAUCAUAAGAGUAACAAGUAACUGAGCCAGGAUUUGAUCCCAGGCCCUGUGAUCCCA